GAGCCGUCUCCCGCUCUCCCUCGUCCUCCUCUCUCUUUCUCUCUCGUUGUCGAGCGAGAGAGGAUCUUGAACGAUGAAUCGCCGCGUCUAACCCCGCCUCGAAAGGGGGAGGAGUUCGAGGUGCGCAAGUGGCGACAAGCCGCAGGAAUGUGUGCCUUCCAUUGUGCUGGCUCGAAGGUCGAACGAAGAGUCAGGGAGAGCGAGAAAUGCCAAUGAGGAUCGCCGUUGCGCCGCCAUCGCCAUCGACGUGGAAUUACCCGCCGCUGCUCAGGUUCUGAGAACAGGGAAAUGUGGUUUUGUUUCGGGGCGAAAAAUCACCUUUUUCACCUGCUCAAGUUUUUCUCAAGAAUCAGUCAUCUGUUGAAAGGCAGAGUUGCAAGACGAGGACAAACCCAUCCUUUGGAGAAGAAAUCGCGAGACUUGUUGAAAGAUAGAGAGAGACAGAUAGAGAGCCAAGCUCGAUUUCGCAGCAUAUUGUGUGAUACAUUAGUGACCCCGUUGUGACGCCCUCCCAAUGAGAACUACUACCCUGUGUUGACUUCGUAGUGACUACAGUUUAAAGUUUUAAAUGACUGUUCACCCGGCCAAUAUUGUUCACUCUUCUUCCACUGCGAUGAUCUCACCCAACCUCUCGGUUAGCCCGCCACGGCCUCAGAGUCCAUCGUCGGUCGAGGAUGAUCGAGUCAUUGAAAAGUCCAAGGCCCCGGCACUCAAGGCCAGCAAUUUCUCGAUUGCAGCCUUGAUGAACAAGGACACCGACGAUGAAUUGGAGCGAAGACGUCGACUCGUGGAAUCAGUGCCCAUUCUCGCACAUCUGGCUCAGAAAGUGUCUGCUUCACAAGCAGCUGCGGUUGCGGCACACAAGAAUCAGAAUCCCCACCUUCACGAACGAUUGGCUGCGGUAGCAAAUCAAAAUCACGGAAUCAUGGGCGAUCGGAAACGCAAGGCCUCCGAGUCCAAUGGUGAUGGAGGCGAUAUCGAUGUGGAGCAGUGCUCGGAAAUGGAUGCCGAAACCAACGGACAGAGCCAUUCAAAUAAUAAUUCCAACAACUCCAAGACGUCUUCGCAUCAAUCCCCCCGUUCGCCACAAAUGAUGCCUAAAAAGAAACGCGAGGAUCGACGCAUGCGGUCCAAAUGCAACAGUGAGGACUUGAAGUACAUCACCUGCAUCCUGGAGACCAAGGAGCUGUGGGACAAAUUCCAUGACUACGAAACCGAAAUGAUCAUCACGAAAACCGGAAGACGAAUGUUUCCCACUCUUCGAUGUAGCUUCUUAAACUUGAACCCGCACCAAAAGUACUGGGUCCUCAUGGAUAUCGUUCCCUGUGAUAACAAACGCUAUCGUUACGCAUAUCACCGAUCCUCCUGGCUGGUGGCGGGCAAGGCUGACCCGCCCCCUCCCCAUCGUUUCUACGUCCAUCCGGACGCCCCCUUCACUGGAGAACAACUCCGGAAGCAAGUGGUCUCGUUCGAAAAAGUCAAGCUCACCAACAACGAAAUGGACAAAACCGGGCAGAUGGUUUUGAAUUCCAUGCAUCGCUUUCAACCUCGAGUUCAUCUAGUCACUCGUCGAGAUCCCAACAAUAACGGACCCAUCACGAACUUGGAGCAGGAGGAAUACCACACCUACAUCUUCCCCGAGACCGUGUUUACCGCUGUCACCGCCUACCAAAACCAACUUAUCACCAAACUCAAGAUUGAUUCCAACCCCUUUGCAAAGGGCUUCAGAGACUCGUCGCGUCUCAAUGACUACGAGAGUGAAUGCUAUGGGAUGUCGCCCAUGGGUCCACCUGGUUUCAUGGAUCCUGCCUUACUCUUCAGAAACCCAUUGUUCUCGUCAGACGCUGAGAAUAACAACCUCAUGGUCGCAGCCGUGGCUGCCGAAAAGGCCCGAGCUAUGAUGCUGAUGGGCGGGCGCCAUCAUAUGGCACCCCCACCCGUGACGGCGGGCGAGCUUCAGGCCUUGCUGGCCGCCCAUCAAAGUCAGCUCUACACGAUGAACGCCGCGAUUUCGCGACCUCAUGCGGGUCCAAUGCCCCCUUCCCUGUUGUCUCAGUGGAGUGCCAUGCAAGCAGCCGGUCUUCAGAAUCAUCUCGGCCUUUUGGCCUCGUCAGUGACACAGGCAAUGCCCGGAACUCCCUCUACCGCUUCGUCGUCUCCUUCGUCAGGAUCGUCACCACUCGUGUCCCCCACUUCAUCAGGCAUGGGACCGGUGUCAUCGCCUCAUAUGCUGGCCUCACCCAGACCCAUGUUCCCAAAUCUAUCACCUUUGGGUGGCCUCCAGCGCUUUUCUCCGUACGUCAUUCCAAAUUCGAAGCAAGGAGCCAGCCCAUCUCCCCCCCGCUCGCCGCAAUCGCCUCCGCAUCGCCGAAUGAGCGGAUCCCCCCUCGAGGUCCAUGGCUCGCCCAAAAGCUCCCCCGCCUCGCCUUGAAGCCAACCUAAAGGUUCUUGGAUUGGUGUCCCUCCCUCUCCACAACUGAAUAACAACGAAAUAAUACGUAACACAAUUUAGCUUUAAUCUUAUCAGCCCUAUCCCCACCUAUGAUUUCAAUCGUGAAAAUAGUGAAUGUUGUUGAUGUUAUUAUCUUUAUUAUUAUUAUUAUUAUCAUUCAAAGAAUCGGAAUAAAUAUUGAGUUCCUUCCAAAA